AGCCAAAAGUUUAAGAAUUGCUAAUCUAAAUAACUGCAUUUGUUUCCUAACAGCAAGUACAAUGUUUUAGUGUGAGUUUAUUUGUAUAAGAUUUUUUAUACUUAGAGGUUUGAAAUGUCGGUAAAAGUUGAACAGGGCGAAGGCAAGAGCCGCGUUCACCUGGUACAAGUUGAGGAAACGAAUCGGCAACCUCAAACUAAAACCUCAGGACAGACUGAGCUCUUGACGAGCGCCACGGGUGGUCCAACAGUGCUUGUGGUUUCGACAGGAACGAAAGAUAUUAACGAAGGCUCAAGCCAAGUGGAAAGUACAGAGGAAGGCGGUGAAUGGACGUUGUUGCAAACGCCGAGUGAGGAGAGAAAUUAUAGAAGGUUCGUCGUACUUGCUGAUGUUCCUGAGAAAAUCAUUGAAACUACUGAAAUUGUGGAAGCACAAAGUGUCCCAGGUGUCCAAGGUGCCCAGGGUGCCCAACGUGUUCAAGGUGUCCAAGGUGUCCAAAGUGUCCAACGUGUUCAAGGUGCCCGGGAAGCCCAAGGUGUCCAAGGUGUUCAAAGUGUCCAAAGCGUUCAGGGUGCACAAGGUGUUCAAGGGGUUCAAGGUGUCCAAGGUGUCCAAAGUUCCCAAGGUGUCCAAAGUUCCCAAGGUGCUACAUCUUCUACCAUCGUUGUAUCUAGAAGCGGCAGGCAAUCGACGAUGACGAACCACAGUCGAGCUUUGUCACAUACGUCAUCAGAUGCAGUCUCGUACGUCAUCAGUCACCCUGACGACGGUACUGAAUACAGGGAAAUGAAUGAGAAUACACUGAAGCUUUACUACGGUGAACGCACGCCCUAUGGCACAGUUACAAGAAGAGAACGUAGCCAAGCAAACGGCAGCAACGUUGACGUCACUUCAAUACGUAGCGGACAAAGUGGUGACGUAACUGACGUCACAUACCAGAAUUCUACGUCACAAUCCAUCUACUCAACAUUGAUGCGAGGGACGGGCAAAGGAACAGAGAGAAUUCCUUUACGAAGUAACGACCUGUUUUAUAAAGAUUUCCUGCCCACAAAGUUGAAAAGGACGACCUGCUUUAGAGGAUACAAUCCUUACGCAGAAUGCGUCGUUAGCGCCAACGAGUGGUUAGAAGAAAACCGAAACGUCACUUUGAUCAGAUGCGAAUCUGUACGUCACAGACUCGACCAUUCACACGUCAUAAACCCAGAAUCAACUACGUCACAUGACAGAUCAUAUCUUAUUGGGAUAAGGUUGUGGUUGCGCCACCUAGCGGCCAGACAAGAGAUAGAAACGAAAAUCGGUUACAAGAAUUUCGUUCCCCGUUAUCUUAACGAAGACGAGAAGAAAAAAUACAAACCUCACGAUUGCCCUUAUUUCGAGGACCUACAAACUACGUUGGAUAGAAUAAACGAGGAUUUGGAAACCUCACCGUUACGAGGUUCUGUACUUAACGUGGAGGUUGUGCCUGUCAACUACUCUCUGGCUCACCGUGACGGAGGAGAAUUAGAUCCGGAGCAAAGUUACUUCUGCAUAGAUUUUCUUGGGAACUGGAAUUUUUUCAACGUUAGAGUUUUCUACAUUUGCUCGAGAAGGGCAAUCAGGAAUACUAGGAUAGGUUACGAAGACUUCACGCCUUCCCCCCUCACUCUCCCACCUUCUAAAACUCAGUUCCAGAAAUUGAACAGCGUCAUGUCACGUGUUAACAGGUGGAUUCAAAGCCAACGUAAGAAAGACAUCGUUGGAGUUCAAGUCAUUGAAUUUCCCUUCAAACCAAAGCUUUUAGUUGCUGCCAAUGGGAACCUGAAAACAAACAAAAUGUGUUACGAACCGUCCAAAAUUAGCGUAUAUUGGAAUACUGUACGCUUCGUGAGGGUUUGGUAUAUGACGUCACUUGCCGAAACCAAAAGACAGGUGCAAGACCAAGUCCCGCUGACGCAUAUGAAACCUGAGAUUGCUGUUCGUACUUUUGUGCCUUGCCAACUAACAGAGGCUGGAUGCUGCGGAAUACAGAAGCCCAUUUUUGCAACAACUCGUGAUACAGUGCAACGGAUAAGUGAAUGGUUGCAAAAAACAGGAGCUGACCUGAUUUAUAUUGAAACUGACAACGUAGAAAAGUGGUCGUCCAGCAAGGAGAGCAUUGAAAAGGAAUUAGGUGAACGGACUUACAAUAAAGAAGAUUACACUGCGACUGUUACGAAGAGUGCUUUAGAAUACAGACUUACAAUAUUCAGAGUUUUCUACAGGCCCAAUGAGCUCACCACCGAGGAAGAGCAAGAUUCACCAUCGCCUGUUAAACCAGUUUGCUGUUUUGUUGGUUGCACCGUCAUGUGACGUCACAUGUUCGGUUCGUUUGUCGUUUCAUUCUGUAUAAAAAGAAGUCAGCAAAUUA